AUGGCGCGGCUCAAGCACAAGCCUUCCCGGGGGCCUGCGGCAACACGCACUCAGCAGCAGCAGCAGCCGCAGCAGCAGCAGCAGCAGCAGCAGCAGCAGCAGCGGAGGAGGCCCUCAGCUUCCUUCCCCAGCAGCCCAGAGAGCGGCAGCUCUUCCUCGCCUUCCCCCACCCCUGCUCGCAAGGGGGCCCUUCAGGGGGGCCCCCCAGGGGGCCCCCCAGGGGGGCCCCCCAGGGGGCCCCCGGGGGGGCCCCCAGGGGGGCCCCCAGGGGGGCCCCCCGAGGGGCCCCUAGGGGGGCCCCCUAGGGGGCCCCCAGUGCGGAGGCAAGUUGGAGUUGGCCACCGCGCUAGAGCUCACCCGGGGGUGAAGGCCCUUAAGGAAAUCCGCAAAUACCGAAACAGUACAGAGCUGCUGAUUCCUCGGUCUCCAUUCUUUCGCCUUGUGAGAGAAGUGGCGCAGAAGUUCACGCCGCCCUAUGCGGGCAUGUACAGGUUCACGGCCACUGCGCUGGAGGCGCUGCAGUCUGCUGCAGAGGCCUUUCUUGUGGGGCUUUUUGAAGACUCCAAUUUGUGCGCUUUGCAUGCAAAGAGAGUCACAGUAAUGCCCAAGGACUUGCACUUGGCCCGCAGAAUCCGCAGAACCUAA